GCUCCGACUUGGACCGCGUUCCGCCCAGUGACCUGCCGGCAUGUGACACGAUAUGGUUUUGAGUCCGCUAGCGGCUGAGUCGGAGACUAUCGACGACCUCGAGCAGCUUGUUUGGUUUCUACAUCUGUGAGUUCUACACGCCCGCCCAUCACCAUCCUGAACCAGCGAUGGCGAGCUUCACAAGGGUUGAAGAGGGGGAGACCCCGUGCAUCACGGUCCAUCCGACCAACAAGAUAGCAAAAGUCGACGACAAUAUCUAUGGAGGGUUUACAGAACAUAUGGGACGAUGCAUCUACGGCGGCAUCUACGACCCCGGCAACCCUCUAUCUGACGAGAACGGUUUCCGGAAGGACGUGAUUGAGGCUAUGAAGGAGCUGAACGUUCCCGUGGUCCGGUAUCCUGGCGGGAACUUCGUUGCCACAUACCACUGGCUCGACGGGGUUGGGCCCAAGGAGAACCGGCCAGCUAGACCCGAGCUGGCAUGGAUCGGUACUGAAACCAACGAAUUUGGGACGGAUGAGUUUAUGAAAUGGUGCGAAGUCGUCGGAUGCGAGCCCUACAUUUGCUUGAACUUCGGCACGGGGACUCUCGAUGAAGCCCUGGCGUGGCUGGAAUACUGCAACUCAGAUCGCAACACCUACUACGCGAACCUGCGCCGGAAAAACGGGAGGGAAAAGCCGUACAAUUACUGGGCUCUGGGAAAUGAGUGCUGGGGGCCGUGGCAGGUCGAACAGAUGACCAAGGAAGACUACGCCAAGAAGGCCUACCAGUGGGCCAAGGCUCUCAAGCUGCUGGACCCCAGCAUCACGCUCAUCCUGUGCGGCGCGACGGGCUCCUCCUCGUGGGACUACCACGUGCUGAAGGAGUGCGUGCGAUGGGACUCGCACGGCCUCAACACCAUCUCCAAGUCCCUGAUCGACAUGCACAGCAUCCACAUCUACACGGCCGACAGUGAGCACCUCGCCAACGCGACGGCGCCCCGGUCGGCGGAGCGCGCCAUCCAGAUGACCAGCGCGCUGAUCGACCUGGCGCGCAUCGAGAACCAGGUGCCCGCGACGGUGCCCAAGCAAAAGAUCUGCUUCGACGAGUGGAACGUGUGGGACCCGGUCCGCGCGCCCGGCGAGCAGGGCGCCGAGGAGCGCUACACGCUGUCGGACGCGCUGGCCGUGGCCGUGUGGCUGAACGUGUUCGUGCGCCAGGCGCGCGACGUCGGAAUGGCCAACCUCGCGCAGUCGGUCAACGUCAUCUCGCCGCUGCUGACGAGCCGCGACGGCCUGGUUAAGCAGACGAUCUGGUGGCCGCUGCUGCUGUUCAGCCGCUACAUGCGCGGCCACGCCGUCGCGCUCAACGUGCGCGCGCCCGAGUACGCGGGCCGCACGAACCCGCCCUGGAUCCGCGCCGCGAUUGAGACGCCGUUCCUCGACUGCAGCGCGACGGUGGGUGAUGAUGGCUAUGUCAACCUGGCGGUCGCGAAUCUGAGCGAGGAGCGGGGCUUUGACGUCGCGCUCGAGGGGUUGAAGACGGAUGGCGAGGUUGCUGUCUUCACCGUCUCCGGUGACAAUGUCCAUGUCACGAAUACCGCCGAGGAGCAGAAGGUCGGCAUUGCGGAGAGCACCUGGGAUGGGAAGGGCAAGUUUACCUUUGGCAAGCACUCUUUUACGCUGCUGAGGUGGAAGCCCGCGUGAAGUGGUCUUGUGUGACGGUGCGACGGUACGACGGUAUUGAAAUGGCCGAUCAAAGAAAUCAGGAAUAAAGACGGUCAGCUGUAAAAAAGGUGGAUGCUUACAAACUCAUCUGGUGAUACAAGAGUCAAAGGCGCUGUUUGCAUUCUGGUAUGUUG